AUGCUUAUCCAAGAGUCUUACGUCGACGUGCCGACCACGGCCGACGGCAAGGAUGGCACCAUGCGAAUCUUCCUUUUCCACCCUUCGAUCCCCGGCUACCCCAACGCCAAAUUCCCCGGCGUCGCCCUGUUUUCUGAGAUCUACCAAGUGACCGGCCCCGUUGCCAGAUUUGCCCGUCAGAUCGCCGGACACGGCUACAUCGUCGCCGCACCUUCGUCUUACCACGACUUCACUGGCCCUGAGCCUCUGGCCUACGAUGUUCCCGGUACCGACAAGGGCAAUGCCUGGAAAGUCGAGAAGACCCUCGAGUCUUAUGACGAGGACUCCCGCCGGACCGUAGACCACCUCCUCAGCCUGCCCACCUGCACCGGUCUCGUCGGCAGCACAGGCAUGUGCCUUGGCGGCCACCUCGCCGUGCGUGCUUCCCUUGACCCUCGCAUCAGCGCCUGCGUCUCUUACUUCGCAACCGACAUCCACAGCCGCACCCUCGGCCCUCACACCGCCAAGAACACCUCCCCUACCCCUCCCGAGAACAGCACCCACACCCUCGACCUCUUCCACACCCUCAAGCACGCCGAGGUCGCCAUGAUCUUCGGCGUCAAGGACACCCACGUGCCCCCCGAGGGCCGCGACCUCAUCCGCGCCAAGCUGCGCGAGGCCGGCGUCACGACGUCCUUUUACGAGUUCGCGUGGGCCCAGCACGCCUUCAUCCGCGACGAACUGAGCAAGGGCCGCUACGACCCGGCCAUCACCAAGGUCUGCUUCGAGGUUUUGCUCGAGUUGUUUGGACGCGCGUUGAAGACGGAUCUGGGGCUCAAGGAGGGUAUUAGUGAGCCGGAACACGUUUGCUAA